GUGACGGGGCGCUGCGGCUCCAUCCUAGUGCGGCUCAUCCCCGCGCCCCGUGGCACUGGCAUCGUGUCGGCUCCGGUGCCCAAGAAGCUGCUCAUGAUGGCUGGUAUUGAUGACUGCUACACCUCAGCCCGCGGGUGCACCACCACCCUCGGCAACUUCGCCAAGGCCACCUUUGAUGCCAUCUGCAAGACUUACAGCUACCUGACUCCCGACCUCUGGAAGGAGACGGUGUUCACCAAGUCUCCGUACCAGGAAUUCACGGACUACCUGGUGAAGACGCACACCCGUGUGUCCGUGCAGAGGACCCAGGCCCCCGCUGUGGCUACCACCUAAUUUUGUACAUAAGAAAAAUAAAGCAAUUUGAACUAAAA